AAAAAACUUGGCUGGCUUGUCGUUUUCUUCCAUUUCCUUUUCGUCACAAAAAAAAAAAAAAAACUCAAGGGGCAACAACCGAUAUAAUGACACCACAAUCGGCUCUAGUCAACGAGCGAUUUGCAGGAACGUAUCGGAAGCUCUUUGAUACCAUUGAACGCGGUGGCGAUCAAUGUUCGGUCGACCGUCUUCAAACACUGAUUGCCGAAAAAACCAAGAAUCUAUCCCUUGGUCUUGACGCCUAUGGUGUUCCGUCAUCUCAAUCGCGCAGCAAAAUCACCCAGAGUGUUUCGAUGGACGGCAAGACGAUCAAGCUCGAUCCAUCCGAAAAGGAAUUAAUCAUUCAAGCAACCGAUUUUUUGCACCUCAACGAAUUAGCGUGCGUCUCUGUCUGGACAGCCUACAAGCAGCAACAACAGCAACAACAGCCUAAACUCGACGACGCAAUCCAACGAGAACACACGCUUGUUCGGUUGACGGAAUUCUACAAUGAAGAUCGCAUUGCCCUGUUACAAUGCAUUGCGUCCCUGCUUCGCAUUGCUGGUGGUCAAGACGAUCAUGUGUUUGUAUCCAUUGCGCAAGAUACUGUCAAGCAGAUUGUCAAUGAUGAAUUUGCAGAACGACUGUUGAAGCAACUCAAAGAACGUGUGCGUGCACCCAUACCCUCACAACACAACACGAGCACGUGGCAAGCCAACGAAUGGGCCAAGCAAAAUCUGCGCGAACAAAGAGGAUUGUUGGAGGUUUUGUUGUUGAUCUAUUAUUUUAAACCCUGUCCACCCAAAUAUGCUCUGGCCUUGCUCCAGGAAUUUGAAGCAAGCAGCUUUGGUCAACAACAGGCGUUUGGUCAUGUCUUGGACAAUGAUGGCAUGUACUUGCGUGACCAGGUCUCUCAUUUGGGCGUAUUGCUGUCGGUGGAAUCACUUAACCUUGACAGCUUUCAGUCAUCGCCAGCAGCAGCAACAACAACAACGAUCCGUGGUGAGCAUUCACUGUACACCAAACCCGAUAUCGUGUACAAGAUGUGUAAUGUGGUGGCCUAUUUGGGUGAACAGCCCGAACACUCUGUUUUCCUGCUUGCGUGGUCGUUUGUUCUCAACAAAAUCGACAAUGAACUCAUCCAUGACGAGGACGAUUCACAAACAUAUGUCACGCUUCAACAAUUCAUCCAUGGUCAGAUGGACAUUUCAAGCAGCAGCUUAUUGACGGACCGACCCACCACACGCGAUACCACAACCACAACAAUGGAUCGAGAACCAUCCAUCAAGACAGCGCCUCAAAUAUAUCGUUUAUACGCUGGCCGAGCGAUCAAACUCGCUGUUUUCGACCACAUGCAAAAAAUUCUUAACAACCGGCUUUGCGACGACGAAGAAGCCAACAGUCUCGCCUACCACGAUACGCUCAAGAAUGUGAUUAGUUCAUUCUUGUCCACCAUUGAUCCCAUCCAUCUGCCCAAUGAGAGCUACACAAGCUUGAUCCAAUGCACCUGCAAGCUCUUUGAAAACCAAUCCAUGCUUGCAGCUCGUUUCUGGAUGACCAGCAACACGGAUUCAAUCGCUUCCUUGAUUUCCACAUCAAGAAUGCGGUUCCCAUUGGCGUUCCAGGAUCUGACACAACUGCUUUCGGCAACGACGGGCUCGAGCAAGGAGGCAAAGGAUAUCGUCAGCGAGGAGCCGGCGAAACGCAUUUUCCAUUAUCUCGAGACCAUGCCAACAUUGACGGUCAUGCUGAAGGAUUUGAGCAAGGUGACGCAAGAAGAACAGGGAGACGAGACUGGCAUUGUCGUACGGGCAACGCAUCCCAUCCGUAUUACGGAGGAUUUUGCUUUCAUGCAUGGCUUUGUGAUUCCCCCAGGAACGACGGGAUCUUUGUUGUCAUCACCCGAAGAACAACAGCAGCACAUUGUGCAAUGGCACGUUGACUAUUCAUGCUGGCAUUUGUUCGUCGCUGUUCUGGCUGGAUUUAUCAAGGAACAAUCCGAAAGCGGCUACAACAACAACACCAAGGGGAAGAGCGACGACGAUCUGUCAAAGACCGAUAUUCGAGACAUAGAAGCUGAACUGUCGGGCAAAAACAUGGACGUUGUCAACACGAUCCUGGAUCUCAUUCAACGCAUUCUCCAAGUGUCACCCUCCUUGGCCACCGAUCUUGUUGAACAUAUUGAACGCGUGCCGGGACGUCCAGGUCCCUACCCAUCCAAGGUUCUGGUAACGCUUCUUUGUCAGCUGUUGAACGUCUGCUGUCUCGCACAAAAGCGACCUGUCGCCACCAUCACGGCCACCAUGCGUUGCUUGACAGCCUUACUUCCAUACUACCGCGACGCUAUCUGGUCCUAUUUCCAACAAUCGCCGAUUCUUCCGUGGUCCAAUGCAAGCUACACACGAUCAGCCCAGGCAAUGCACGUCGAUCCGUCAUGUCAAAUCCAACAUAUUGUCACGAACUACGAAUGCAAGACCGGCAAGUACUCGCUUUUGCUUGCGUUUUUGGAUCUGGUGACCGGCUUGGUGCGCGACGUGCAGCACAAGUGGUGGGAGAGUGGCAACGAACAGAAUCAGCGACAAAUCGAGGUGCUUUAUUUCUGCUUGCAUUAUCUCAUGAUUGACGUGUUUCCAUCCUAUGCGCACUGGCGAUACAAGCACUUGUCCGAACGAUUCCUUAUUGGUUGUAAGGUGCUUACUAUUUUCAUUGAAAUUACUCAAUAUUUCCGCGACCCAGCAGGCGCUGCUGCUGCAACAACAACAACAACAACAGCAGCAUCGGGUUCAUCGUCACCUGUGUUGACCUUGGGUGCACUUCGCGAACAAAUCAUGAACGGUUUCUUGUAUGAUGGCGGUAUCUAUCACGUCACUCCAUUGCUCGAUACGGUCCGUAACGGAACAUCGCUCGCCAACACGUUGUACCACGCCAACCGAGACAAGGAAGCAGAACGCGCCGAGCGUAUGACCGAGCUGACAUUUGUGUUUAUCAAACUCUUGUUGCAACGACGCUUGGAGACGAUCGAAUCAUCGACAAGAUCGGCAACGCCACUACCCACUCGCUAUGAGAGUGCAUUGGAACGGUUUAUGCUGGAACGAUCCACGGAUGGAAACAGCCCUGACCUCCUCCUGCGCUUGAUGAACCAUAUCGACUACACGCCCAACAUUCAACUUUCAAUUCUGGCCACUGACAUUGUCACCUUGCUUUGCCGUGGAUUGUCUGCGUGGAAAACCACGCCCAACUUUGUGCGUCAUCUGGGUGACAAGGACCAGGCACAAAACAUCAUCAAGCGCUAUCUGAGCACAGCCCAGGAUCAGACACAGAACGAACACUUGUUGGCAUCGAUAUGGCAAAUGUUGACGCUGUUGAUGGAAACACAACCCAGUCUGGCUAUCUUGUUUUUGGAAUGUGGCGAAUAUAUUAUGCCCAGUCCCAAAUCUGCAGUCAGGUUAUUGCCGUCGUCGUCGUCGUCGUCAGAACAACAGCAACAAGGUGGUCUUGUCUCUUUGUCUUCUUCAACACCAGCAGUCAGAAGCGGUUCAGCAGCGUCAUCGUCGUCAGCAGCAGCAGCAGCAGCAAGCACCGAAUCGGCAACACGUGCGGCAGUGGAUUUGCUCAGUCAUUGGGAAAUGCUUUCUGUUGAAAAGCCAACGGUGCUGUCGAACGUCUUGCGAUUCUUGGCCACUUUUUGGCAAACGGCAUUCGAACAUUAUGCAUUGGUACAGCGACAACGCAGUGAUAGUGCACUGUGGGAUGCAUUGGGCAAGAUUCUGUUGAACCCGACACAACUCGAGGAACCCAACAGUGCCAACCUCAAAUUGAACCAAGGUACAAGCAGCGAGGAGCAAGGUCUGCAACAACAACAAAGACCCACAGUAGCGUCGGACGGCAACGAGGUGGUACGACGGAUAUGCUGUGCUAACAUUAGCAAGGCAUUUGUGAUGCGAAUUAUGGCGUUCGAAAUGCAACUCACUGCAGGCGCCGAGCAAGGCAACAACAACAAGCCGCUAUCUUCAUCUGCGCUCGUGGAGAAGCUACCGGCAGGUCUCAAGGCGUUACUGACCAAGGUCAGUGAUCCGAACAAGCUGGCGGCCAUGCGUGCGGCCUUUGUCAAGAACAGCUAUGACGCGCAACUGGAUGCAACAAUGAACAAGGAUGCACUACGCUUUGUGAACGAUAUCUGCAAAUGCGACAAGUCUGGGGUUGGGCAGCUAUUGAACAAGGUCGAUGUGGUGGGCUUUGGCGAUAAUGAUGGUGACGGCGAACCACGACAGUAUGGCGACUGCUAUGUGUACGAUUUGCGAUUGGCGUAUUCGCGAGCCCAAUCCGCCUUGAAGCAAUACUCGGCCAUGUACAAUGUCGAGAUAGACAAGGAGGAAGAAAUGAUUGUUACGCCUGAAGUGUAUGCUGUGCGCAAGGCGAAGAAUGUCAUCAAUCGGUUCCUUGUGGAUGUCUGUGCUGUCAACCACAACUGGUCGAUUGUGGAUACUCAGAUGAUUGCGGUCCAGUCGUUCAAGGUGUUUAUGGAGACAUGUUCGACUUACACGGGUGAACUCAUUUGGAAGUCAAGUAACACCAUGGGCGGCGGCGGUAAUGGUAGUAGUAGUGGUGGUCCGGUACUUCAAGCUGGUACGCUGUUUGACUUUUUGAGCGGCCUGACACAGCAAGCCAACGACGAACGACGCGAGGAUAAUGUCACGCUGAGCUACUACAGUGUACUUAUUGGAUUCAUCCGUGACCUGACCGAGGACUGGAUUGCUGCAAAUCGUCAGGUUCUUGGAGGUGUGGAUCGUCAACAAAAGCGACAGUUGGCGGACAAGUUGUUUGCCUUGCUGGAGACGUACUGCGGAUUGUUGCGUCGCGACAACUAUGCCUUGAUGGACAGCAUCAGCGACCAGUCCGCACACGUUUUCCAUCGACCACUGCUUGAGGCUAUCUUGCUCCCAUUACGAUCCCUGCGACGCGUCUAUACCUCGGUCACCGAUUUCAAGGAUGCUGCCCGGUUAAAGGGAUGUCUUUCCCAGCUGCUGGAGGUGACCUGCGAUACGUUCCAAAUGAUGGUGUACAAGGUGGCGUCGUACAGUUGUACUCCUGAUCUAAGCGACCAUGCAAACGAAGAAUGUGUCAAGGAUAUGACGGUGGUGACUGGUCUGUUGAAUGAACUGAUUCAUCCCAACUUCCAUUCUGGACCCGAACAAUGGCUGUCAACGUUCCGUCGAUGCGAGACUAUACCAAGUUUGCUCAAGCUAAUUCAUGGAGGCAUUGAUCUUGCGGUAUCUGAAGUGAACAGACCAUUGGAUGCAAACAGCAGUGUUGACGUAUCACCCUACGCCGAGAACGGUUUAUAUUUGCUCCUUGCACUCUCCUCCAUACCCGAUGUAGCAGCAGCACUUGUCAAUGACGGCGUGCUUGAACUGUUCUGCAACAAUGCCUUGUCACCUCUGCUCAAACAAGGCCAGCUCGACAUGUUCCUCCGAUUUGGUGACCAAGCUGGCUAUGUCGAGCGCAACCCACUUCACAGCAUCUGGUGCCACAUGCUAUGCGUUGUCAGCAACAUCUUACGAUCUCUGGGCAGUAGCAGCAACAGCACCAACCGACCCCAGCUGACCGAAAAAGUUUUCCGGGGCACAGUCGCAUUCUUGCAAGUAUACGGAACGCAAAUCGACAGAACGUUCAGCCUGGUGAACGGUGGUGCCAACUCGCUGUUUGGCUUGUUACCGUCGGAAUCCUUGUCAUCGUGUCUUUUGGAAGAAGUCGACCGCAUAUCCAUGAUCAUUUACAACCUAUCGCGACAGUUGGAGCGUAUCAUGUCCUUUUCGGCAGGCAUUUUCAUCCCCUACAAGAACUCUGUACUUACCUUAUUACUACGCUUCCUCUACUUUUAUACGCAUCCUGCCCAUAUGCAAGCACAACUAUAUCCAAUCAAUGAAACGGAACGACUCCUUGCAGAAACCAUCGUAUCACCCUCUUCAAACGAACCGUCACAACAACAACAAGCAUCAUCCUCUUCUUCUUCUUCUUCAUCAUCAGCGUCAUCGUCGUCAGGAGCAGCAGCAACAACAACUGAAGGCAUGCAACAAAGUCGACUGAUGCGCGUCAUUGUCCAAAAGACCAUCCGUAUCCAACGCAAUAUCCUGGCCACAUUCAUCUUGCUUACACAAGCCGACUUGGUGAUGACUAAACCUGAACCCGAAUGGCCGUUUGGCAACACGAUUUUUUAUCCGAACCUGCGCACCCAAGACACAGCAUCAUUUGCUACCUUGUCAGAAGGCGUCACAUCCGCUGUGGGCUUCAUUAAGGAAUCCAAAGACAACACGAAUGCCAUCUUGCGUGAGCUGCUGGCUACUGUGGAAGGAUCACUGGUAUUAUUGACGACACAAGCUGCUUUAUGGAUUAGUAAACCGGACAUGGGGCAAGAGGUCCAAAGAGAAAUUAUCGACAAUACGUUGGUCGAGAUUACGGCGCUAUUGACAAAGACAUACCGAAAUUUGAACGCUACUACUUUGCCGAUGGCGUUGAAGGAUCAAAAGGAACGAACGUUGUUACAAAUAGCUGCUCUCAAACGGUUCUUGGCUGAACGAUAUUUUACUGUAUAAACUUUAUUAAAAAAAAGAUCAAGUCAUUUCCACACACACACUCACUCACACUCACACAUCCCCCGUUUACAUUCAUCCCCUAUUAAAAACAAAAUAACAAGUCUCUUUCGCUUUACAUAUUUAACAUGGAUCAAUCAUUUAUUUC